CUCCGGUAUCUUCCCAGCCGCACCAUGGAGCUCUUCAAGGACAUCAACAGGCGUUUCAGCUUCUUUGUGCAAAAAAUUGUCCAGGAGCAUUACACCAGCUUUGAUAAGGAGCACAUCCGGGACAUCACGGACUCGCUGAUUGAGCACUGCAAGGAGAAGAGCGUAGGGGAGGAUGCCCACGUCCCGCUCUCCAAUGAGAAGAUCAUCAAUAUCGUCAACGACCUCUUUGGGGCAGGCUUCGACACUGUGGCAACUGCCUUAUCCUGGAGCCUCAUGUACGUCGCCUUGUACCCCGACAUCCAGAAGAAGAUCCAGGAAGAACUAGACCAGACCAUCGGCCGGGAGAGGAGACCGCGGCUGUCGGACCGAGGCACGCUGCCCUACACAGAAGCCUUUAUCCUGGAGAUGUUCAGGCACUCCUCCUUCCUGCCCUUCACCAUCCCGCACAGUACGACCAAAGCGACGGUGUUGAAUGGCUUUUACAUCCCCAAGGAUACCUGCGUGUUUAUCAACCAGUGGCAAGUGAAUCACGAUGAGAAGCUUUGGAAGGACCCCUCAACCUUCAACCCCGAGCGGUUCCUCAAUGCCACGGGGACCGAAAUAAGCAGGACAGAGAGCGACAAAAUGAUGGUUUUCGGUUUGGGGAAGAGGCGAUGCAUUGGGGAGUCCAUCGGCCGGUGGGAGAUCUUCCUCUUCUUGGCCACCAUGCUGCAGCAGCUGGAGUUCAGCCUCCGCCCCGGGGAGGAGGUGGACAUCACUCCUCAGUACGGAUUGACAAUGAAAUACAAGAAGUGUGAGUGCUUCCAGAUUAAGAAGCGUUUUCCCAUGAAGAACUCUCCAUAA